AUGUCUUCUCCAUCGAGCCCUGAAAACGGACCCAGCAGCUUUACUUCCUGCUCAGCUGUCCUUCCGCCGAUCGGAAGCAAAGGCCGUACCAGCUCUCCCAGCCCUUCAAUGGGAUCCAGCUCUGGGUUCAGGGCAGCUGGUUACUUUAGCAGCAGAAGUCUGGGUGGCAUCAGCUCAAAAGGAUCCAGAAGUUCCAGUGGUGGCUACCACUCUGCUAGAUAUGGAUAUGGCCAUCGGGGAGUCGGCUAUUCUGGCACUGGAUUCAGUCACAGUCCUUAUGGCUCAUAUGGGCUUAGGCGACCCGUUGCCAGCGGAACUGGGACGCCCUUCAUCACUCCUGUGACUUGCAAUGAGUCUCUGUUGCAACCUCUCAACCUGGAAAUCAACUCUGCCGCCCAAGCGAUGAAAUGCCAGGAGAAGAACGAGCUCCAGUGCCUGAACAGCAAAUUUGCCUGUUUCAUUGACAAGGUGAGUUAAGAGGUCAGCAUUCAAUGCGAUGCUUUGACCAUGUGUCUUUAAAGCCUGCUGUUCAAUCAUUUACAUGCCAUUUGCCCCAAAGCCCCUAAAUUCCAACUGCAUAAAAAAUACUGGAAAGCAAACUGAAAUAGGAAAAUAUGAACUUGUGCAAGGAAAUGUCAGAGAUGGGAGACUUUUGCUCACCAAAGACAGAUGCCAGCUGCUUCCGAUUUUCCUGUGAAUGCAAUGGCCCUUUCUCUGUCCCCCUCCCUUCCCAGCUGACACUAAACUGAUCUGCAUCUCUUGGACCAAUGUGCAGAUUGGAACUUUAUUGUCCACUGUCUUUGUUGUCCAAGUGUUCUGAUCCAGUUUUCUAUGCAAAAAAGUUUUGGAAUACCUUUAAAAAUGUGUAUUUUGUAAGAAAAGACUGUUUAGAGAUGCAUAUUUGGAGAGAAAAUGUUUUUUAAAUACAUAUUUAAAUGUGGGUUUUCAUGUGGCUGUUGUGGGGCGGGGGGGGCAUGUGGAAAGAGGGCAGACUUCUGGCUGAACACAUGGGAAAGUGUCAUAAACCAUGAAGGGACUGGUUUGCCCAUCCUUACUCACUUUGAGAGCACAUGGACAACAGCUGCUAUUACACAGAAGAAGUGGCCAGUGUGAGAUUGUCUUAUACAUUUUCGGACUUCGCUCCUCUCCAAGGUAGUAAUGCAGUUAGGUAAUCUUAGACUCUGAACCUAAUGGCCUUGUGUCCUCUGCAACCCCUUUAGAUGGCAACAUGGAAUACUUCACUCACUUUGAAAUCUGGUAAGCCACCCCUGAGGCAUUUGAUAGCCCUCCUGCUCAUUGUGUGACCAGGCGGCGACAGCCCCAGCCCCCAGGGAUCAUAAGGAAGGAAUAAAGACUCUGAGAACGUUAUAUGGAAUUAAAAUUAGGCCACAACUUCAUUAAACUUCCGAAUGUAGGAAGACCUUGGCUUAGGCCUUGGGUGUGUAUCCCUCCCAGCCCGCAGCUGGGGGAACUGGGGCACAUCAGGGUAAAUGGAAUAUGGGGGUGCUCUGCGAGAUGUAAGUGUGGCAGGCAUCCCAGCCCAUAUCUCCGCACGCAGGGUAGUUCACGGACAACCUUUCAGGGUGUGGCUAGUGACACCCCUUUAAGAGUGGACCCUGGAAUCACCAUCGCAGGGGGGUGAGUCACCACUUCACACACACACCCCCCAUUAUAGGGAAGAAAAGACUAAAGGAUUCCACCCAAGGCCAUAACGGCCAAAGUUGUGACAAAUUGCUAUGGGGAAGACAAAACCUGCCAAAGCAGGAAAAUUUCUUCACAGUCCUUCAACAGCAACCAGUCAUAGACUGUAGCAGCAUCCGCUAAACAAGAAGAAAAAGUUUACCUGCAAACAAGAAAACAUUAAACUAAGGGAGGGCAGGGAGGGUGAAUCCCAGCAAUGAAACUUGACUACUGAGGCUGGGCUUGAACCUCCAAAAAAUAACACUGAGAGGCAGGCCAGUCCCUGUUUGCCAGUAAGUUCCCUGGGAACUGUAGCACCGCGUGAGACCCCACAAAGGGCACCCACAAUGUAAAGUGUGAGUGUUCAUUCUGCUGAGUGGGCUCUUUGGUCCUACUCUAGUGGCACCAGCUGCUCUCUUGGCCUCACUGGCAAGUUACUCAGUCAUGUUCCAAACACAUUUGGAAAGCUGGGGUUUUGAAAACAAAGAGGGAUGGCUGCAUAAGAAUAUGGGAGAUGUACCCAGUUCACGCAGCAGCUGGUACUGAUAUCCAAAUCAGCUGAAUGGUCCACCCUCUGCAAGAGAAGCACGCUUUCAACUUGUUUCAAUGGCCAGUUUCUGGGGUGUGUGGAAACAGAUUACCCUAGGAAUCAAAUGCAGAAAGGAGAAAUGGGGAUAAAAUGGGAAGGGCCACAGGUUACCUGCUGAACAUCUGCUUUGCAUGCAGAAGACCCCAAAUUUAAUCCCUGGCAUCCCCAGAUAGGACUAGGAGUAUCCCCUGCUUUCAACCCUGGAGAGUUAGUGGUGGUUAGUGUAAACCAGGCAUGGCCAAAUUGGCCCUCCAGAUGUUUUGGGACUACAACUCCCAUCAUCCCUAGCUAACAGGACCAGGGGUCAGGGAUGAUGGGAAUUGUACAGUGGUACCUCUGGUUAAGAACUUAAUUCAUUCUAGAGUUCCAUUCUUAACCUGAAACUGUUCUUAACCUGAAGCACCACUUUAGCUAAUGGGGCCUCCUGCUGCCGCCACACCGCUGCUGCACGAUUUCUGUUCUCAUCCUGAAGCAAAGUUCUUAACCCGAGGUACUAUUUCUGGGUUAGUGGAGUCUGUAACCUGAAGCAUUUGUAACCCGAAGCGUUUGUAACCCAAGGUACCUCUGUAGUCCCCAAACAUCUGGAGGGCCAAGUUUGGCCAUGCCUGGAGCAAUGGACCAGUUGUCUGAUUUAGCAUAAGGCAGCUUCCCAAGUUCCUAUAGCUUAUUUGCAGAAGGUUUGGGAGUUUUCUUUUUUCUUUUUCUACUACAUUCUGGUCUGUUUAGAGCUUAUUGGAUUUGUGGCUCUAGAAACCAUGUGGUGUGGAAUCAAGAACGACCUGUGCGCACCUGAAGCAACUUUUUCAGCAUGCCAAUGCCAACAGAAAAAUCCAGAUUAGAAAUUGUCCAGAAGAACAAGUGGGGAGAGCGGUAUAGCACUCAUAGUGUGUUUGUGGGCUUCUAAGAGGUGUCUGGUUAGCCACUAUGGAAACAGGAUGCUGAGCUGAAUGGGCUUUCAAGCCAAUCAAGCAGUGGUCAGAUAAUUGUAUGUGGUUGAAGACAAAGGGGGAAUUCUGUUUGACCCAAGCAUUAACAGUGUGAAAAUCGCAGGUCAUUGGCUCUGUAUUUGUGUGUAGAUAGAGAAUGCUGAAGGAUGUAGAGUAAUCAUGAGGGAGAAGGGAGAAAUUGGAACUUUCUUUCUCUUUAUUUUGCUGAGAUCAUUUUGCAUACUGCUCUUUGAUUUUUAUUUAUUUUUUAGUUGCAGGACUGUUCACAGCAUACAAUAAAAACAGUUUCAAAAGAGCCAACAGUGGGUUCAUUCAGUGGGACAUAUUGUGUUGCUUUACCUGAUUAUAAUGCUAGUUCUUCGCUCAAGUUUGCUAAUGUUCCUUUCACACUUCAGUGUCUGUUGCACUAUGGAUCUGUGGUCUCUCCCCACCCCCUUACUUAUAUACCAGCAUGUUGCAUUAAAUGUCACUCACACCAGUGACACACUACUCUCCCACAAUUUCUGCACAUGUGUGAAUUUGUUUCCCCAUGAUCCUCGCCUGGAAACAGCUGUAUGCUGGUAAUGGUAAAGGUAAAGGGACCCCUGAGCAUUAGGUCCAGUCGUGGCCGACUCUGGGGUUGCGGCGCUCAUCUCGCUUUAUUGGCCGAGGGAGCCGGCGUACAGCUUUUGGGUCAUGUGGCCAGCAUGACUAAGCCACUUCUGGCGAACCAGAGCAGUGCACGGAAACACCAUUUACCUUCCCGCCGGAGCGGUACCUAUUUAUCUACUUGCACUUUGACGUGUUUUCAAACUGUUAGGUUGGCAGGAGCAGGGACUGAGCAACGGGAGCUCACCCUGUCACGGGGAUUCGAACCACCGACCUUCUGGUCGACAAGUCCUAGGCUCUGUGGUUUAACCCACAGCGCUACCCGCGUCCCAAAUGUAUGCUGGUAUACUGCCCCAAAUUUCACCACUUUCACAAUUUUUCAGGUUAAGGGGGCUGCAUAGGGAUCCCCCCCCCGAAUUAUGUAAUAUAGAAAUGACCCCUAAACAUGAGUUAUAUUCCAUUACCUCUCCAGAAGUAGCUUUUACAUCAUGUGAAUGCUCAAGUAUAAUGUGAAAAUUAACAGUUUGGGAAAUGCCAGAGAAUGGAAUAAAACACUUCCGGCAGCAAUUUAAAAACCUGCUGAAGCUCUUCUGGGGGCACUUUUUUGUUGCUGCUGUUGUUGUUGAGAAAAUUUGGGAGGGGGUGAAUUGAUUUUGGGAAGACAUUGAAAGGAAAUUAAUGUUUUGGGGCUUGGGUUAUCAGAACUUAAUGUUUUGGGAUUUGAAUAUUUUGAUGGUUUAGUUUUGCAGAGGCUGGAAAUUUGUGGUCUCGGCCAAUUCACUUGUUCCCAAGUCUGACACAUUUGCCUUCUGAAGCAGAAAUGGUUGUGGGGAUCAAGUGAGGCUUGGGAAUAAGCCCCCAUAUCUGCUUUGCAUUCAGUUUGUUGUCUUGGGCAAGUCACAUCUAGUCCGGUAUCCUCCCUGAACAGUGAAUUUGUAAGAUGUUUUUGAAAAACUUAUUGCAAAUACAUGAAUUAAACCAUUCAGUAAUCCAUUAUUGUAAAAGCACAAUAAGCCUCCAGCGUAUUCUGUUCUGAGGAAACUAACCCUGCCAAUGUUUCUAUAAAUUUUCCUUCUUUUCUUCCUUCCAGAGCACAAAAUAGUAUUCCAGGCACUAAUGUUUACACUUAUAUUAUACAUGUAGCAGAAUGUGCUUGGGAAAUCAGACAUAAGAAAUAAAAAUACAAAAUAAUUUUUUUCCAGGAUCACUCCAUUAGCAUAGCACUUGCUGGCUGCAGGCAGGAGCUAAUGGAUAGGCAUUGUGAAUUCACCGUAUUUUUCGCUCUAUAAGACGCACCAGACCAUAAGACGCACCUAGUUUUUGGAGGAGGAAAAGAAGAAAAAAAAUAUUCUGAAUCCCAGAAGCCAGAACAGCAAGAGGGAUUGCUGCGAAAGCUGUUCUGGUUUCUGGGAUAGCUGCGCAGCCUGCAUUCGCUCCAUAAGAAGCACACACAUUUCCCCUUACUUUUUAGGAGGGAAAAAGUGAGUCUUAUAGAGCAAAAAAUACGGUAAAUGCCCCCUGUUCCUCUCUCAACUUAGAGAUAGUAUUCUUUCAGUGUCAAUCCCUGCUCCCCUCUGCAAAUAUAUUCAUCUGCCUUCCUUACAGGGUUGUUGUAAUGGAUACAGAAACAACAUAUGUAAGGAUCUGUUGCAAUGGCAGAUAGGAUAGUCCUCGUGCAGAACUUUUCUGCAAAACUGAUAUGGGGGUUUCAGUCCCAGUGAAAUCCCUUUGCAUAUGUUUUCCUCCUUGUGGAUACAUCCAAAUCAGCUACAUGGGAGAAAGGCAUGGCUGGGGUGGCCCUCUAUGUCACAUGGUACAAAAAAGAGUGAAAAUAAUGCUCUCUGAUACCGUAAUCAAGGGGUGAUGACAUUUUUUAGCUCAAGGGCCACAUUCCUUUCUUGGCAACCUUCUGGGGGCCACCUGUUAGUGAAGGUUAGAGCAAAAGUGGGCAGAGCAAGGAAUGGGAAUUUUACUUUUUAGCCAUAGCCUGGUUUAUUCAUAUCUCACACGCCCCUCUCUAUCCUCUGCCCAGGCAAGAAAGCAGCAUUAUCAGAGUUCAAGAACAUAUUCCAGCUAGGCAAAAACAUGCAAGGGAAGUGCAAAGAAAGGCUGGUGUUGCUCAGAAUUGGAUGUGGCCUGGGGGAUUGUCAAGGGCCAGAUAGGGAACUCCAGAAGGUCACAUGUGGUCCACCCAGGACAUGGGAAUCCUCAACCCCAAUCUAUGCCCUUAUAGACAUUCUGUGUUGUAUGGAGGCAGAUCAGUAGAAGCAUUUCUCUGCACAUAUAUCUGCCUUCUCAACUGAAGUACAUGUAGGACCUUCCUGUGUCUGUAUCACAGUGCACAUGGGGACCAGUUCAAAGUGCAUGGGGGUUUGGAUGGUUGAACGUUCCAGCCAAGCAUAUUUCUCCAGUUUAGUUUCUUACAUUGUUGUUUAGUCAUGUCCAACUCUUUGUGUCCCCAUGGACCAGAGCACACCAGGCACUCCUGUCUUCCACUGCCUCCCGCAGUUUGGUCAAACUCAUGCUGGUAGCUUCGAGAACACUAUCCAACCAGCUCAUCCUCUGUCGUCCCCUUCUCCUUGUGCCCUCCAUCUUUCCCAACAUCAGGGUCUUUUCCAGGGAGUCUUCUCUUCUCAUGAGGUGGCCAAAGUAUUGGAGUCUCAGCUUCAGGAUCUGUCCUUCCAGUGAGCACUCAGGGCUGAUUUCCUUCAGAAUGGAGAGGUUUGAUCUUCUUGCAGUCCAUGGGACUCUCAAGAGUCUCCUCCAGCACCAUAAUUCAAAAGCAUCCAUUCUUCGGCAAUCAGCCUUCUUUAUGGUCCAGCUCUCACUUCCAUACAUCACUACUGGGAAAACCAUAGCUUUGACUAUACAGACCUUUGUUGGCAAGGUGAUGUCUCUGCUUUUUGAGAAGCUGUCUAGUUUCUUACAUAGCAUGUGAAUAAAUAACAUGAUCAACCAAUACAUCACCCUUUUUAAAAAUAAAAAUAAAAAAUGGUCUCCCUUAAGCUGCUUUUGCUCUUCAUUCAGGUCCGGUUCCUGGAGCAGCACAAUCUGAUGCUGAAGACCAAGUGGGACUUCUUGAAGGAGAAGAAGCGCCAGAAAAGCCACAUGGAGCCCCUGUUUAGCGAAUACAUCAGUAGGCUGAGGAAGGAGCUGGAGUGCCUGGAAUGGGAGAGGAAUCAGCUGAAGGUCGAAAUGAACAAUUGGAGAGAAAGCAUGGAAGGGAACAAGAAGAGGUGAACUCCAGGGCUGGGUUCAGCAUUUUUCUUCUAAGUGGCCUGGUCUGAGGUGGGUCGCAACAGCAGCAUGGCUGAAUAACAGGGUUAUUCUCUGCAGGUUAUUCUCUGCAUUAGGCCCACCAUGUUUUCCUCAAUGAAGUGGUAAAUCUGGGUUCAAGGCAGAUUGUUAAAGGUGCUGGGAACUGUAGCUCUGUGACAGCUCCAAGGAUUCUUUGUGGGAAGCCGUGUGGUGUGAGUUGCACUGCUUGGCAGCAGGUGGCCUUUGGCUCAAUGCUCUCAGUGCUCACAUUGAGAACUCUUCAACUUUUUCAGACCUGGCACCCACCUUUAACCCAAUCAUGCACCGGGUGCUGAAAAGGUAAAGGACCCCUGACAGUUAAGUCCAGUAGCAGACUCUGGGGUUCCCGUGCUCAUCUCACUUUACAGGCCGAGGGAGCCAGCGUUUGUCCUCAGACAGUUUUUCCGGGUCAUGUGGCCAGCAUGACUAAGCCGCAUCUGGCGCAAUGGAACACCGAAACCAGAGCAACGCACGGAAACGCCAUUUACCUUCCCACUGGAGCGGUACCUAUUUAUCUACUUGCACUUUUUGGUGUGCUUUCAAACAGCUAGGUUGAAAGGAGUAGGGACCGAGCAAUGGGAGCUCAUCCCAUUAUGUGGAUUUGAACCGCCGACCUUCUGAUUGGCAAGCCCAAGAGGCUCAGUGGUUUAGACCACAGUGCCACCUGCGUCCCCGAUGCACUGGGUGACCCAGUGCCAAUAGAUAUUUGUAUGGUGGCUGUGCUGCUGUUGUGACCCACAUCAGACCAGGCCACAACCUGGUAGUGGGUCAUGAUGACCAAUGGCCCAAACUCCUGUCAUUCAUUCAUUCAUUCAUUCAUUUCCCACUUUUCCCCAACUGGCUACAUUUUCUAUAAGCUGGGACCUUUGCAUGAGGGGGGCACCUUGAGUCAUGUGAGCCAUGGAGCCUGUGCCUGGAAUAUGAACAACAUGGCCUGCCCAAUACAUUUUGCUGCCCGAUGCAAAGGAAUGAUGGUGGCUUCCUGACACCACCACCAUUCUGUAUACACAAACCAGCCAGACAGGCAGUUGAAUCUUAUUCCAACAUUGGUGAUGGGACAGCUGGCUAGCUUAGACAGUGCAGGGCAGAUCACACAAAACUCACUGCUCUGUCUUCCAACAACUUGUUGCCACUCCUUGCCAUUGCCACCACUCUGCCUAAUGUUAGGGCCAGCUUUGAUUAGGAAGUAGUCCAGCCUACCCAUAAGUGGACUAUUUCAAUGAGAUCCCAAGCCUUAACAAGUCACUAUACGGCUAGUCAUUUGAGGACAUAAUGACCUUCUAUUUAGAAAGGCCUUCCUUUCUUUGUGGUUCAACAUGGUGAUAUUAAUUAUUAGUCACUAACGCAUAAAGUCUGUCUUUAUAACCUCCCCAGGUUUGAGGAAGAAUGCAGUCGAAGGACCUCUGCUGAAAACGAAUAUGUUGCACUUAAAAAGGCAAGUGAUGGGCCAUAUUUCUGCUAAAGACCUUGAGAGAAUUGUUGGUGGUUUGUUGGUAUGGUAUCAGAAUAGAUCAGAUGUAGAGAAGAAGUAUCGCAAGAAUAUGAUCAUUUUGUUCUGGAGAACCAAUGCAGUGUAGUGACUUGACCAAAGGAGGUUAAUCUGUGGCCUUCCAUGUGACGAGGGACUACAAUUUCCAUCAUCUUUCCCCAUUGCUCAUGCUGCCUGGGGCUGAUGGUAGCUGGAGUCCAGCAACAUCUGAAAGGCCUCAGGUUCUCCUUCCCUGGUCUAGGUGAAGACUCAAAAGACCUGGCUUGAAGCACCUCAAGCAGAUCAGUAUUUAUUUAUGUUUUAUUGAUUUUUAACAAUGUCUUCAUGGAUGCUUUUGAUGAUUUCAUUAUAGCUUUGCAUAUUGUAUACCAGCUAGAUAAACCUUUUAUGAAAGUGCAAAUUAUUCAUAAAUGUCCUGAACGCAACCAGAACAAUGAGGGUAAGCAACUGGAUUUUUAAUUCUUUAUUGACAAAGCACUCGGUUACAUCAGCUGUAACCGAGUGCAAGUGAUGUACAACAAUACUCCUCACUAACUAGCUGUCUAGGCAACCCAGAUAGUAGGAGCUGUGAUGAAACUUUGCUUCAGCACUGUACCUUUUUGUCUUCUCCUAGGAAGUGGAUUGCGUCUUCAUGGACAAAUCACAGAAAGAAGCCAAGGUGGAAACUUUAAUGCAAGACAUCUGCUUUUACAGAAAUACAUUUGAAGAGGUAACAAGGAAUGUUUAUAUUUGAUCAUGCUGCUUGGUUGUCAUCACAAAAUGGUUCCCUUGGUCCCGUCUGGAAGGUCAGAGGCUCCCCUCCCUUCUUAUUUAAGAUGAAGGCUGUCAUCCUAAGAGCCCCUGAAAUAAGUGGAAAUAAAUGUACCCUUCUUGACUUGUACAGCUCAACUGAUAUGUACACAGGGUCAUUGUCACACCUGAAUGUGUACCUCAACUAUUUGUGUACACAGGCAUUCAGAUUGUAUACUUGUUGAAUAUUAUGUGUGAAUACCACUUUAUGUAGACAUAAACAUGUUUAAGGUCUAGGUGCAAGCAUCCUUUUUUUAGACUUAAAAAAACUUAUCCCAAGUAAAACAGUUUACUAUCCAACUCAGAAUUGUGACAUUAAAAAAGGAAAUUCAACAGCCACAGGCUGAAUGUGUUCUGUGUAAUUCAUAGGAAAUAUGUGAGUUGCAGUCAUGCAUCUCAGACACUUGUGUCACAGUGAAAAUGGACAACAGCCGAGGCCUGGAUGUGGGCUGCAUCAUUGAAGAGUUCCACCGUCGGUACGAAGACAUUGCCUCCCGGAGUCGAGCCGAGGCUGAGGCUUGGUGCCAGUGCCAGGUUCAUUGAUCUAUCUUCUUGAACAUCUCCAUUAUAUAUGUUUGUUUGUGUGUGUGUGUGUGUGUGUGUGUGUGUGUGUGUACCCCAAACUAGCCAUUACGACUAUGCUCCACCUAAAUUGCUGGAGACAGCAGUGCUUCUCCAUACCAGUUGCUGGAACACACAGGAGAGGGAGAGUACUCUUGUCAUCAAAUCCUGCUUGUAGGUUUCCCAGAGGCUUCUGGUUAGCCACUGUGAUGACAGGAGGAUGCUGGACUAGAUGGACCAGCUCCUGCUCCUCCUCCUCCUCCUGGUUGUUUGUUGCAUUUACAGUAUAUCCCUCCCUUUUCUCCAAGGUCUCCCCCACAAUAACUGUGAGGUAGGUUAGGCAGCGAGUCAGUGACUGGCCCAAGGUCACCCAAUGAGCUUCAUAGUUGAGUGAAGAUUUGAACCCUGGCUACCCAGGUCCCAGUCUGACACUUUAACCACUACACCACAUUGGUGUAUUAGUCACCUAGCGACAAUAGUUUUCUGGGUGACACAGGUAAUAAGGCUGGAAUCACCUGGUAUGCAUGCCAUGGGAUGACCACCUAAAACAGCUCCCCUCUGCCAGCUUCUCCUCGUUGGCUCCAUAAUGCAGGCCAGCCUGCCUCAGCCUGGUGCCCUUCAAAUAUUGUUGGACUCCAACUCAUUUCAGCCCUAGCCAUGUGGUCAAUGGUCAGGGAUGAUGGGAGCUGUAGUCACAACAACAGCUACAGGGCCUCAGGUUGGAGGAAGCUGGGUGAAGAGCAGCCUUUCUCAAUCUAUGGGUUCCCAGAUGUUGCUGAACUACAACUCCCAUCACCCCCAGCUAGCAAGGCCAGAGCUCAGGGAUGAUGGGAGUUGUAGGCCAACAACAUCUGGGGGCCCACAGGUUGAGAGCCGCUGGUGUAGAGGAACACUUGCCUGUGAUAGGUGGCAUCUAUAGCUCAGUGAGAGAGUAUGUGUUUGGCAAGCAGGUUCAGCUUAUCCAUAUGGGUUUCAGAUGUAUUGGUAUUUUGCUCAGCCACAUCACUUCUCUCCUUGCAGUACCAGGAGCUGAGGACAACGGCUGCCAAACACUGUGACAAUCUACGCAAUGUCAAGGAUGAACUUGGUGAGCUGACUCGGAUGGUUCACCGACUGCAGGCUGAAAUCUCAAAUGUCAAAUCCCAGGUGAGAAGGACCAGUGGAGCUUGGCUGCAACAAGACCACCACUAUUGUUGAGGAGUGUCAUAACGGUGAUGGGGCUAAUAUUAACAGUUCUUGUGGCUGAUUAUCACAAUGUCAUCUUAAGAAGGGGAUAUGUUAUUCAAGACCCAUUCUGCCUGUGUUGGAAGAAGAGAUAAGGUUUGUUUCAUUAUGUGCAAUCCUUAGUGAGUUGGAUGUGUGCUCCAAAACAUCGAGAUGAGAACUAUCUUGUUCCCUUUGAUGUCCAUUGGGUGGUACCUAACACAUCUCCUAAGUGCAAGGAGUUCCACUCUGCAAUGGAACUUCCCCCUCUUCCCUCCUCCUUUGCCUCCUGAAUCUGUGCCACUGGACCUGAGUGUAGAGUUGUGCAAGCCUGGGGAACAGCCACUCACAAGCUGUUCAAGAACUUUUCUCAUGCCACCACCCAUCUGAUAGUCAUGUGAAAACCAAAGGAGAAUGGAGAUUCAUCUUAGACUGUUUAUGCUACAGAACCUUGUUGUCGUGUGCUCUUUUCUUUGUCUCUCGCCUUCCCUCUGUGUGUUCUGUGCCAACAGCGCUGCAAACUGGAAGAGGAGGUAGCUGGAGCUGAGGAACGUGGGGAGAUGGCGGUGAAGGAUGCCAAAUGCAAACUGGCAGGUCUGGAGGAGGCCUUGCACAAAGCCAAGCAGGACAUGGCUUGCCAGCUACGGGAAUAUCAGGCCCUGAUGAACCUCAAGUUGGCCCUGGAUAUUGAGAUUGCCACCUACAGGAAACUGCUGGAAGGAGAGGAGUUCAGGUGAGACUCUUCUGGACCCAUUUGAAAGUCUAUUUUAGAAAAGCUCCCCCAGAAAAGCAAAUGUCAAAGUUUCACUGCAAUAUUAAGUGUGUACAUUUGUUGAUUUGUAUAAUACAAAUCAACCUAUGGCAUGCACAGAUAUGCAAACUGUACAGUUGUUGAAUGUAACACGUGAAUACCCUUAUUGUGUUGUUUCUGAAUUAAUCUGCAUAAAAAAGAUCCGCACAGGAAAUCUCCAGACGAAUACAUAUUUGUAAACAUGUUUUCUUUGCAAACAUACAUUCCUAUAUCACUUUAUUUCAAAAUGCAGAUUUCUAAAUAUAUUUUAUUUCAAACUAUGCUUUUAAAAAUGCACCUUGAUGUGUGUGUUUUCUGGAGGGGCUGGUAACUGUAUCACAAAUAGGGAUGAAGGUUAUUUUUGUUUGGUCCACAUUUUUAAGUGAACUGACUUAAUUCACAUCUCCCACACUAAUACUUGGCUUAAGAUGUAAUUAGUCUUCAGAUCUCACACUUCUCCAAAUUCUGUGAUACAGUUUUCAGCUCAAAAACCAGGAGCUGUAGCACGGCAACAUCUGGAGAAUCGCAUGUUCCCCACCCCUACCAUAUACUUACCGUAUUUUUUGCUCCAUAGGGCGCACCGGACCAUAGGGCGCACCUAGUUUUUAGGGGGGGAAAUAAAGGGGAAAAAAUUAUUUCCCCUCCAGGUUUGUGGAUAGCUGCCUGAAGCCCAGGGAGCACAGCGGGAGUUGGCACUGCACUCCCCGGGCUUCAGGCUGCAGGCUGCUAUCCACAAGCCUUCAGAGCCCGGCGGGAACUCCCGCCGCGCUCCGAAGGCUUGCGGAUAGCUUCCUGAAGCCUGGAGAGCAAGAGGGGUCGGUGCGCACUGACCCCUCUUGCUCUCCAGGCUUCAGCAAAAGCCUGCACUCGCUCCAUAGGACACACACACAUUUCCCCUUCAUAUUUUUUUGGGGGGGGGGAGUGCGUCCUAUAGAGCGAAAAAUACGGUAUGUUGUGGGGCAAGGGAGAUUCCAAUUCUUGCAGGCAGCUAUCAGAAGGCAAUGAGAGUGUUAGUCAUGCACUGCACAUAUAAAGGUCCACAAGCAAAUCAGUAAUGAUUCAAAAUUCACUGGAAGACAGCUAGUUCUCCAUCAUUUAUCCUCCUUUGCCAUAUGCAGCCGCAACAGAGAACCUGUUCUGUAGGCUACGCUUUCAGUCUAUCUAAGAUGGUAGCAGCACACACACAAACACCUAGAAUGUACACCUGGAAUAUGCCACAGAAUCCACAGAAUCCUUUGCAAUGUACAGAAGUUCCAUAGCAUAGAUGCAGAGGUUCCUUGACAUUUAUUCAUGUGCAAAGCACUUCGUAAAAAGUAUAGAAGCAAACACAACAAAGUACAUAUGUUCUGUGUGCAUUUUUUUCCAAUGCACAAGUGAUCAGAAUAAAGGAGGGGAGAAUGAAUGUAACAUGACCUUGUGCCAGGUUCUCAUUUUAUUUUUCUUACAUUCUUAAAAACUAAUAAGCAGCACAAUGAGAAAAUUUAAUACAGGAGGAUUUAAACUCACCAAUUUUACAAGCUAGAAUAUUUUCUGAUAAACGUGCCCCCAGGUGGUGACAGGUAGCAUUCACAACAUGAAGGACCUGCUAGUUUGACUUUUCCCAGGCUUUUUCCUACCUGCACUUGGGUGGUGACUUUCUCAUUGAGCUCCCAUUGCUCUGUCCCUGCUCCUGCCAACCUAGCAGUUCAAAAGCACACCAGUGCAAGUAGAUAAAUAGGUACUGCUGCGGCAGGAAGGUAAACAGCGUUUCCGUGCAUUCUGGUUUCCAUCAUUGUGUUCUGUUGCGCCAGAAGUGGGUAAGUCACGCUGGCCACAUGACCCGGAAAGCUGUCUGUGGACAAACGCAGACUCCCUCGGCCUGAAAGCAAGAUAAGCGCUGCAACCCCAUACAGUCAUACCUCAGGUUGAAGUAGCUUCAGGUUAAGUAUUUUCGGGUUGCGCUCUGCGGCGACCCAGAAGUAACGGAGCACGUUACUUCCGGGUUUCGUCGCUCGUGCAUGCGCAGAUGCUCAAAAUGACAUCACGUGCAUGCACGGAAGCAGCGAAUUGUGACCUGCGCACGCGCAGACGCGCAGUCAAUGGUUACACUCUACUCAGCAUGCGAACAGGGCACCGGAACGGAUCCUGUUUGCAUCCAGAGCUAUCACUGUAGUCACCUUUGACUGGACAUAACCAUCCAGUGAUCCUUUACCUUUUACCUUUUCUCACUGAGAAUUUACUGCUGUGGGUGCUGUUUAAUGCUGGCCUUUGCCAAGUCAUUGUUUUUUCUGUAUGUUGUCCCCCUAUCUGGGUAGUUUGGAUUGCUUCUUUAAAGGGCCAUACCUAGACAGACAGUCAGUAAGUCAGUCAGACAGACAGACAGACAGACGGAUAGAUAGAUAGAUAGAUGAUAGAUAGAUAGAUAGAUAGAUAGAUAGAUAGACAGACAGACAGAUGGAUAGAUUGACAGACACACACACACAGAGAGAGAGAUGCACAUAUACAUGCACAACCUAUUUCUAGCUAUGAAACUGUUGGUGAUUUAGGCCUAAUAUUCAGCUAAUGAGAUAUUUCAAUCUAUUUAAUUCCUUCUAGGAUGGGCGAUGGAGAAUGUGCUGUGAACAUCUGUAAGUACCUCCAAGAGAUGCCUCCAGAAAUGCCAUUGCUAACUUAAUUCAUUUCUUUCUGUUUUUGUGGAUCCUUUCUAUAUAUUUCAUCAUGUGGUCCCUUCCUUCCCUUUCCCUCCACAGCUGUACAGAGGAGCCAGGGCGCUGUCGUGUGCAAUCCUGACCACCACUGUGGACCCGGAAGAGGUGGGCACAUUAUGACAAAUGGAAGAGAUCCCUGCAGCCCAGCAGGUUUCAAAAGAGGCAUGGCUCCCUGUGGAGAUGCGGGUCUCCCAUGUGGAGACAGCCAUACCCCUCCUCCCGAAGGAUUUAGCACCCAGAGUGUGAAGAGCUCCAACGUUAAACAUGUAGCAGCGGCUUCUCCUUGCGCAUCAAGAGGUUAA